UGUGAUCUAUUUGAUGCCGCUAGUCUUAUGGCAUGUUUAUGCAAUAUUGUCGCUGUGUGAUAAUAAUGAUCCGAAACGAAAACUUUUUCAUAAGGUGUGUCCAAUUUUCAUUUACUGCUUUAAGUAAAAUUCAAACACGUUUUGUGAGUCUGCAACAGUUUUAUGUUCGUAAUCAUAAAAAGGCAAACUUUUGCAGCAUACGGUUGAAAAUUGAAUUAAUAAUUGAAUGCUACCCAGUGAAGCAAAAUUUCUACGCGGGCGUGAAGAACACUUCACCGUUUCAAAGCGAAGCGCAUCUGUCAGUCGUCUGGUGUCUGGUAAUGUUCCGCAGUAUGCCAUGAAACUUCGAUCUGGCAUGAGUAAAAAAAAAUUCAAUCAAAGCAUCCAUCGUUCACCGUCAAAACACCGACGCUCACUACUCCCCGGGCUGGUCCAUGUGGUGCGCGGAAAAAGUUUCAACAACAUCAUGAAAAAUUCGCAGAACACCGGCCCGUCCAUUCCGAUUCCGACGAACCGUGAGCUUACCGUCAGCCUCAUCGGUUCGAUAAUCCGCUUUGCGAUCGAUGUUCCGCAAGUCGUACGGCGGCGUGAAAAUCUUUCGCCCGACAAGCUGCUCUUCCUGCUUCUUCCGAUCGUCCGGAACCUCGGUAAGCUAAUCGACCGCAUCCGACACAGCUCAUCUGUCGUGGGCAGAAAUGCAUCUAACGGUUCCGGUCGCUCUGCACCAUCGCGGAACGAUCGGCGUUGUCCGCAUGCAUCGAAUGCCGCCGGUACCGUCAACCGGUUUCCCGAGCGACUUGACAAUGGCAGUACUGUGCGGGCACCAUCAGCAAUGCUGGCCGCGACUCCGACCAGCGCAAUGUGGCAAGCGACACAGCAAGUCAGUGCACCGCUCAAUCUUCAACGGCCACGUCAGCAACAGCACACCAAGUGCAGCAUGGCGCCGAUGUUAAUGAGCGACGAAGAUGACGAAUCCAACGGUGCCUUUGAGAUGGAGCGUACCUGCCCACACCAAUCCGUUCCACGGCGUCAGGUUGUACGGCAGCGGGAUGGUAAUUAUGUGAUUCGCGAGACCACAGAUACGCGCGGUGCCGACGGCACGUUUCAGCGUAUUACCAAAACCAUCAGCGGCCCGGACGUGAUGAUACUGACGAACAUUACGAGCCAGCUGUCGGAGCUGCCGACGCUGUUGCCAAAGGCGGCAGGACGCGUAUCGGUGAGACGAACCGAAAAGUAGGUGCGAAUCCUGGUAUGGACCGGUGUGAACAGGUUGCUUGUUAGCUAGUGGAACCUGCAAUUUAUGAAUUUUCCCGUAAUGUUAAACAAAGGUAAAUGAAUGAACGCGUGAAAUAUAUCUUUAAAAUCAUGUUGUCCUCAUUAUGAUGCAAUGAAAUGGUUGGAUGACUGAAAUAGGAACACAAAAACAUUAAUAGAAAACCUUGCUCUGAAAAUCAAUUUACAGUCGCAGCGCAAGAAGCUUCAGAACCACCUGCCUGCCGUUGCUGCUUCAAACUCUCCGGAAGGAAGUGAGCUUGCCAAAUCAAAUCGAUUUUCGAGCGCCAGAACACAAACAUUACGAGCAAACGAGCGGUCCGUUAUUACAUUAAGCAUGUGCCGAAGAUUAAUGGCGUUGUUUGUGGCUUGUACAGGCAGAACCCUCGGGGCCUUCAAAAUCCUACGCGCAGUGGUGUCUCACUGCUUCACUCACCCGAAAUUUACCACCAUCAUCAUAUCGCUACACUGUCGAACCGUUAUCGCUUUGGAUUGCGAUUUUUCCGUUUCCCGGAUUCGUUUUGCCGGUUCCGCUCGGCUUACCAGUCGAACGGAAACUAAUAAAUUAGCUCUUCCGUAACAGUUGUUAGCCAGCUGACCAUGGCUGGUAAAAAUUCUAA